AUGUCUUUCCAAUUUGGAUUUUCAAGCCAAGAUUUUAGUGACGAUGAACUCGAAAGCUCUCAAAAAGCGUCGUUGCUUGCUCCUGAUAUGAAUAAUGACUUAAAAUGUGAAUCGAUUAGUCCAUUGGAUUUGCCUCAUCUCACUUCUCCAGAACUGAAGCAGCCUAAAUGGGAAAGCUUAAGUGGUAUUUUAGAAGGGCUGGUAAAUGUCAGAGUAUCUUUCGAAAAGAUCUUGACUCCUCAGAUGGGUAUACCUCUGUACAGACGGGAACUCUUCGAUGUCAAGCAUCAGCUAAUGACGGAAGCAGACGAAAUGGCAGACGAUGGGGCCAAUGCAGAGUUAGAGAUUUUAAUGGGCGAGACUAACGAAGACGUGCGAAAGAAUAUUUAUGAGGGUGGAUUAAAAUCGUGGGAAUGUUCUAUCGACCUUGUAGACGCGCUAUCGAGCUCAUUGAGCGACACUAUUCGUUCAGGUACGAUCUUGGAGUUGGGUUGUGGGACGUCAUUGCCUUCAGAAUUUCUCUUCAGUCAACUUUUGAAAGGUGAGCAUCAAACUUGCAGUGCGAAUAUAAUCUUGACUGAUUACAACGAAUCCGUGUUGCGUUUGGUAUCUUUGCCAAACUUGGUGAUCACAUGGGCGCUAGAGACUUUAAAGACUCAAGAGCUAAUAGACAUUCAGCAAUGCGGUGACAAGACCGUCCCAGUAGAGGAAAACGAGCUUUUGUUAACUUCUUCGCUACUGGAAAAGUUCCAAGAUGACACUUCAAAGAGAGGAAUCAAUUUAAAACUUCUUUCAGGAACAUGGGGCCGCCAAUUUUACGACAUAGUUUCAUCUGAGCUCCAACAAUCUGCUGAAUUGCUGAUUUUGUCGUCAGAGACCAUUUACCAACCAGAAACGCUUCCAGUAAUCUCCGAACUUAUUCUAGAACUACUGCGACCAUCAUGCCAAUCACAAAGCUACACGGCAAAAGCGUUAGUAGCUGCAAAAGACAUCUAUUUUGGAGUCGGAGGAAGCGUCAUCGAAUUUCAAAAUUAUAUUGAGAACAGAAUAGCAAAGGACAGCUUGAACUUAGUUCAUCAGACCUUCAAAGUUCAAGCUGGACUGAAAAGAUCUAUAGUUUCGAUAGAACAUCGAAAGGAUGAAGCGAUCCAUAUGUAA